AUGUCUUUCAGAGUUUUAGUACCAAAGCCAAAACAAUUUUCGACAAAACGUCCUUCUAAAGGAAUUGAAGUACAUUCCGUUUUAAGGAAAACGUUCAACGACAAACACGAACGCUAUUACGCUACAACUAAUGACGCACAAAGGGAUUGGACAACAAUACUAUCACCCACACCUUUUGAUAUUUUUGCAUUACCAAGAACAGCGUCCGAAGGAGAAAUAAAAAGUAGAUAUUAUGAAUUAGUUAAAACACAUCAUCCAGAUAAAUGUGGGGAAAAUUCACCAGCUGCAUUGGAACGAUUUCGAAAAGUGGUGAAAGCAUACGAGAUUUUGAAUAAUCGACAAAAAAAAGAGAUGUACCUUAGAUAUGGAGUUGGAUGGGAUUCGCCGGUGGCUAAAAACCCCGCAAGUCGAUUUUCAAAAGGAUCAAAGUUUGGAUCAAAUUAUGCUUAUUAUCAAGGAUGGGAAGCAGAUAAUGAUACGUACAAGGGUGAAUUUUCUACAACAGAGAGAUUUAUGUCUAACCCUUACUUUGCAGCAUUCGUAGUUACAGCAACGAUAUUUGGAGCAGCAAUUCAAUACAUAAGGAUAGACAAUUCUGUAGGGUGGAUUCGGGCUGCCGAGGAAAGACAUCAUCUUAAAGCAGCACAUUAUUUGGCUACCGCAAGAAGAGAAGGGAAAUUAUACGGAAAACGAAAACAAGCGGAAAUGAUGUUGGAUUUACUUCAUGCUAAUGGAGUGAGAGAUCCAAAUGAACGUUCAGAUGAUGAAUGGCGCGCAAUCUUAUCACCUGAACAAUUUCAUAUCAUACGACAAAAAGGGACUGAAAGACCGGGUACUGGUGAAUACAAUAAAUUCGAUAGAGAAGGAGUUUAUAAUUGCGCUGCAUGUGAAACACCACUUUAUUAUUCCAAAACCAAAUUCGAUUCAGGAUGUGGUUGGCCAGCAUUCUUUGAGGCUAUUCCAGGUGCGGUAAAACGUCAAGAAGACAAUUCGCUUGGAAGGAAGAGAAUAGAAAUCACAUGUGCUGCAUGUGGUGGUCACUUGGGUCACGUUUUCAAGCCUUAA